AUGGUCUCACUCUGGCCUUGGAAGGCCGAAGACMCCUCCCCCGCCUCAUUCGAGAAAACACUCUCAACCCUCUCCACAAAAGCGACAGAGACAAACACCCAGCUCGACAAGCUCCGUCAACAAGCGCGUCGCUUCAAGGCACUGUGGACGCUGUACUCGGUGUUUAUCUAUUUACUGUAUUCGACAAUCGAUGUGCUGGUGCUGGGAUGGCAGAAAUGGGGGUAUUGGGAAUGGGGGGCUGUGCUGGGUGGUCCUUUUGUGUUUGUCUUCCAAUCCCCGAGGUAUUUCAAUUUGGGUGCUGAUAAGGGCAGGAUAUACACCGUCCGAACCGUCGCAAGCCGAAUGUUCGAUUACCGCAUAAACCGGUCCCAGACCUAUUUAGACAGUCUCAACAAACAACGAGACGAGACAAUUGAAAAGUUGAAAGUCGCAACAAAAUACAACUCGACGCAGCAGUUGCUCGAAAAGUAUGGCGGAGAAUCGCCAAAGCCGAAGUCAACAAACAAGAAUGCUGGCAAUAAGAAGAAGGACAACAAUCAGCAACAGAAGCAACAAACGCAGGGCACCAUCCCAGAAAGAACGGGAAUUCCACCCCCGCCAACAGCGAAUAUUAGACGAUAUCCGCAGAAUGAUGCUGCACCAUCACCGACAUACAAUCAACCGCGACUCUCUCCUCGGAAUGAGAAACCAUUACCGCCUCCUCCAUCUACAGAUAUAACUUAUCCCGAUCAACCCGGAUUUGCGCCCAAUGCAUUUCCGCCUUCGGCACAGCCGCAGUAUGCCUCAGGCGGAACAUCGAAAUGGUACGACCGUCUGAUGGAUGUAUUGCUGGGCGAAGACGAAACGUCCCCUAAGAAUAGGCUGGUUUUGAUAUGCCAGAAUUGUAGGCUUGUCAAUGGCCAAGCACCACCCGGAAUCAAGAGUUUGGGUGAAUUGGGGAGAUGGAGGUGUGGGAAUUGUGGGGCGUGGAAUGGCGAGGAGACUGAGGCUAGAAAGGUUAUCGCUGAUAUUCAGCGGGAAGUUACAGAAGAUCAGGAGGCUGCCAAACCGUCUGAAGAUGUGAAAUCCGAAUCUGAGGAGAAUGAUGAUGGUGAAUUGAUCAGGAGGGAGGAGGAGGAGGAGGAUGAGGAAGAUGUUGAGGACGAGCAGUCCGAGAAAGAAGAAGAAAUCCAGUCGAUUCCUGAGAAAACAGGGACGACUCAGUCUGAAAUGCAACCACAAAGUGGAGUAGAGACAAGGUCUCGAAGCAAGAAGGGCAAGAAAUAA